CGCGUCCAGGGGAUCUGCAGGCGCCGUACCCUGCUUCCACGCGCCGGGGCCGCCCCUCUUCCGGCCUCCCGCAGGCCCACCCCUCGCCAGGCCCAGGCCCAUCCCCGGGAUGUUCGCUGGAAAUCGUGGACGUGACUGGGAGGAGCCUGCCCGCCCGGGCUCGCGGCGCCGCGCGCACAGGGCCCGCGCCAGCGACCAUGGCGGAGCCCACAGUGUGCUCCUUCCUCACCAAGGUGCUGUGCGCCCACGGCGGCCGCAUGUUCCUGAGGGACCUGCGCGGCCACGUGGAGCUGUCGGAGGCCAGGCUCCGGGACGUGCUGCAGCGCGCCGGGCCCGAGCGUUUCCUGCUGCAGGAGGUGGAGACGCAGGAGGGCCUCGGGGACGCGGAGGCCGAGGCGGCGGCCGGCGCGGUGGGCUGUGGCGGCACCUCCGCCUGGAGGGUGGUGGCCGUGUCCUCUGUGCGCCUCUGCGCCCGCUACCAGCGCGGCGAGUGCCAGGCCUGCGACCAGCUGCACUUCUGCCGCCGGCACAUGCUGGGCAAGUGCCCCAACCGGGACUGCUGGUCUACCUGUACGCUUUCCCAUGAUAUCCACACACCUGUCAACAUGCAGGUCCUGAAAAACCAUGGACUUUUUGGUCUCAAUGAAAACCAGCUUCGGAUCCUGCUUUUGCAGAAUGACCCCUGUCUUUUACCAGAGGUCUGUUUGCUCUACAACAAAGGGGAAGCCCUCUAUGGCUACUGCAACCUCAAGGAUAAAUGCAACAAGUUUCACGUGUGCAAAUCCUUUGUCAAGGGAGAAUGUAAACUUCAGACCUGCAAACGGUCUCAUCAGCUUAUCCAUGCUGCAUCUUUGAAGCUGCUACAGGACCAAGGACUGAAUAUUCCAAGUGUUGUUAAUUUUCAGAUAAUCUCCACCUACAAGCAUAUGAAGCUGCACAAGAUGCUUGAAAAUACAGAUAAUUCAUCACCUUCUACUGAGCAUUCACAAGGCCUUGAGAAGCAAGGAGUGCACGCAGCUGGAGCUGCAGAAGCUGGUCCUCGGGCUUCUCUCCCCGCUCAGUCGGCCAAGAAGCCCUGCCCAGGUAAACCUUAAAGGGGGUCAGUGAACUAAGAAGAAGCUUGUCCAGCUUGGAAGAUCUGAAAACAAGCCUCCUGUUUAGCUUUAAUUUGUAACCAUUCAUUCAUUUAAUGAUAGAUUUGUAAUGGUCAUAAUAAUAUCUACCUCACAGUGUGUUGUGAGAAGUAAAGAAGAUGGAAAAGGAGAAAAUGUCCUUUUGGAAGGAUACAGUUGGGCAUGGGUGGUUGGGGAUGGGGUUGGACAUUGAGCAGGCAAAGAGAGGCUAAAAUUGAGUGCAGAUGGGGCCAGUCCAGGGCGAGUGCUGAAGAUGGCAGCUUCUACCUGCAGCUCCUAGGUGCUUUCCUCAGGCUGGGUAGAUGGAGCUCUGCUGACUUCUGUGGUCCCCCAUUGUUUUUCUAUCAAUUUAUAUUGUGGCAAUCAUAGAGUACUUUGCACACAUUAUUUUUUUUUUUUACUUAAUAUUGUCUCAAGCAUCUUUCUAUAUUUGUCCACAUCAUACAUAAUCAUGUUUUUGCACAGAUACAUUAAUAUAUCAUAGUUUGUUUAACUACUUGAGAUGGUCUUGCUUGUUGCCCAGGCUGGAGUGCAGUGACGUGAUCUCGGCUCACUGCAGCCUUGACUUCCUGGGCUCAGGUGAUCCUCCCACCUCAGCCUUCUGAGUAGCUGGAACUACAGGUAUGCACCACGACCAGCUAAUUUUUUGUAUUUUUUUUUUUGUAGAGAGUGUAUUUUGCCAUGUUGCCCAGGCUAGUCUUCAACUCCUGGGCUCAAGCGAUCUGCCUGCUUCAGCCUCCCAGAGUGCUAGGAUUACAGGCAUGAGCCACUGCACCCAGCCUCUAACAAAUUUUGAAUAUAACUCCUGUCUUAAAAUCUGCAGAAUAUUGAAUUUUCCCAGCUAUUUUUUACUUUUGCUUAGCUUAUAGAUGCUAAAGGAUACUGUCAUUUGCAUUUUUUAAAAUAUAUGUAUGAGUGAAUAGUUUCCUGGUGUCUGCUUUCUGAUUGUCCUUAUUUUUUCAUUUUAUAUUUGGCCUUUUAUUAAUGGGGCCCUGAUCUAUGCUGAUGUGGGACAGCCUUUAACGAGGCCUUGCAAUUUUCAUAAAAGGACCUCAGCAAUACUGUGCUUGGAUGAUAUUCAAUUUUUGUAGGUCCAUCCUCAGCCAAUAGUACAGAGUAUAUAACCUUUGGGUUCUCUCCAGAGACUUCUACCUCACUCUGUCUACUUUUUUUUUUUUUUUUUUUUUUUGAGACGGAGUUUCACUCUUGUUGCCCAGGCUGGAGUGCAAUGGUGCGAUCUCAGCUCACCAUAACCUCUGCCUCCUGGGUUCAAGCAAUUCUCCUGCCUCAGCCUCCCAAGUAGCUGGGAUUACAGGCAUGCAUCACCACACCCAGUUAAUUAUGUAUUUUUAUUAGAGACGGUGUUUCACCAUGUUGGUCAGGCUGGUCUCGAACUCCUGAUCUCAGGUGAUCUGCCUGCCUCGGCCUCCCAAACUGCUGGGAUUACAGGCGUGAGACUCUGUCUGCUCUUCAUCUCUUGCUGAACUUUUACCAAAGCCAAGUUGCAUAGUUCGAAGGAUGAGCAGUGUAUCCACUCCCUUAAAUUGUAUCCAUUAUUCCUGUGGCUCAGGAUGGACCAUCAGAAGUCUGUAUACCUCUCCCAUUUCAUGUUCUCUUUCCCCUUUCUCCCUUCUCCCUUCCUCCCUGCUCUCCACCUACCCAGCUGUGUUCAUUGAGUUACAUUUCAAUAUUUUGUGGUUUGUUUUCAUCAAGGGGUACCACAAGAAGCAGCUUUAUGCGAUUAAAUUUUUUUUCUGUUUAUUGUAGUCAUCCCCAAAUGUCACUGUGUAAAAUGUCAUCGUUGUUUUUUUUUUAAUUCAGCUGUCCUGCAGUAACAUAACAUUUGAGAAACAGAGACAAUGUAAUAAGUUUUCAUAAAGCUAAAUUAAUGUAGAGAAAUUUUUAUCAUGAAAUGCUAUCUUUUCAAUUGGGGAAAAAGCAAAAAUGUCCUUUUUAAAGUGAGAAAUGGCUGUGUUUUCUCUUAAUGGAUAAUAAGAGUCAUGCCACUUGUGUUGACAUUUUUACUUUCAUUGUCAACAAUAUUUCUGAAAGCCCUUAUGCUCUGCAUAUUUUGUUUCUUUUUUUCUAGUCCAGAUUUCUCCUGGUGAUAAUUAAAAAAAUUUUUUACAUUUAAUUAUUACUAUUAUUUACAUUGAGAGACUUGCUGGACCUUUACUUAUGUUCUGUUUAUAUGUUAUCAUUAUGCUUUUAUAUGUGAAGUUAUUGGUCCGCUGUCAUCUUUGUUGCAGUGUUUUAUUCAAUUCUAUAAUAGUCUACUUUAAUCUUAGUUUUGUUGGUAUUCAUUCUGUAAAAUAUUUUAUAUAACCAUGCCUGUCUUUCUCUGAUUUUCACUCUGAUUCAGCUGUUAGAAAGUUAUCGCGUUAUAGUUGGAGAAGAGUUUUCUUUGAUAAUUUAUCGGGUUUUUGAUGUCAAGUCGCAUGUCUAUAGAUUCUACAAAUUCAAGGUAUUCUAAAUUGAAUUAUGAAUUUUCCUCUAGUCUUGUUCCUCCUUUUAUUUCCUUAUUUUUGAAUGUCACCACUAUCUACCUAAUGACAUAGGCAAAAAGCUGUAAAUUGUCCUAUACUUUUCUUUCUCCUUGUUCCCUUUGUCUAAUUAGUUACCCAGUGUUGGAGAGUUUCUUCCCCUCAAAAGCCUUUCAAAUAUUUAUCCUUCUCUGCCCCUUUCUUUCCACCCCGUACAUACUGCCUUGUUUCAAACCCUCAUCACCUUCCUGCAUAUAUCCGACAGAUGCAUAAACUCCAUGGUUUUCAAGUCAUCUGUUAAUGGGAGUUUUUGGUAAAAGGUGCUCGGUUCCCACUGCAGUGAUGGUAGCCCUGUUUUAAUCUUUAAUAGAAUAGGCUUUUGUGGAUUUCACUGGUUUCCUUACCACUCUUCACUUCUGCCUUCCGUCUGGCUGCCUGAUGUUUUGAAAGCAAACCUAAUCAUACGGCUUUUUUCCUGCUGAAACCUUCCUUGGUCCUCGUCAUGUAGGGUGGUAUUCGUAAACUCAAAGGCCUGCAGGGACUAGAAAGGUGAGUUAAAUGGAUGAAGUGAACUGGAUUCAAGAGAAAUGGGAGAAGGGAGAAGUGCUGUGGCAAACCCUCCCAUCUAAAAGGGACGCCUGCCUCUUGUAUCCAUGUGGGAAUGUGGGCCCACUUUGUCAUAUUGCCCAGUUUUUUAAAAAGAAGCCAGAAAUUCAAAUUGUUACGAGAAAUGUUCUGAUUGAAUAUUGACUUUAGUCGAGUUUUUAAAAUGCAGACCAACAUUGUAUGUACUUGACCUACUUGGAAUUUCUGGAAUGUGCUAUUUUGUCUUGUGAUUCUCUGUAAAUGAUAUUCCCUGUUUGUUUGUUUUUUUUUCUUUUUUCCUUUGAGAUGGAGUCUCACUCUGUCGCCCAGGCUGGAGUGCAGUGGCAUGAUCUCAGCUCACUGCAACCUCCGUCACCUGGGUUCAAGUGAUUCUCCUGCCUCAGCCUCCUGAGUAGCUGGGAUUAUAGGUGUGUACCACCACGCCUGGCUAAUUUUUGUAUUUUUAGUAGAGAUGGGGUUUCACCAUGUUGGCCAGGCUGGUCUUGAACUCCUCACCUCAAGUGAUCCGCCCACCUCGGCCUCCUGAAGUGCUGGGAUUAUAGGCGUGAGCCACUGCACUCAGCCUGAUGUUCCCUCUUUUAUAAGUGCCAUUCCUUCUUCCUUCUUCCUACUUCACAACCUGGCAAAAUUGGAUUCAUCAAAACGCCAGGUUGGCCUUUCUUGACUCGAAAAGAGGUGACUCUUGUAGCAUUCUUACAGGCCUAACAUAGCACUUACUUUAUGUUGCAAUGCUGUGUGUUUUUACUCCCUAGCUCUGAGCAAAAUAUUAUUUAUUCUUGGUAAUUGUAACACUUGGUAGUGAAGACACAUUUUUUGCCAUAUAAUGGAUUUUACUUUGUAUUUGAAUCCAUGCGAAUCAGUAGCAUAUUGGUCUUCAUUGUUUUUCCUCCUUCUCCUACGUUUUUUUGAGACAGGGUCUCACUCUGUUGCCCAGGCUGGAGUGCAGGGCACAAUUAUAGCUCCCUGCAGCCUUGAUUUCUCGGGCUCAAGCCAUCCUCUUGCCUCAGCUUCCCUAGUAGCUGGGACUAUAGGUGCAUGCCACCAUACUCAGCUAAUUUUUUUAGGUUUUUAGUAGAGACAAGGUCUCACUACGUUGUCCAGGUUGGUCUUGAACUCCUAAGCUCAAGCAGUCCUCCCGCCUUGGCCUCUGAAUGUGCUGGGAUUACAGGCAUGAGCCACUAUACCUAACCAUAUUUUUUCCAAUAUUAAAAAAUCUGUUUUCCCCCUAAGGAAUGUGUUACAUAAGGUCAACAUCUUUUUAAUGCUUCAAUUUGACUUGUCUACAUCUGAAGUUAACUCUUUAAGGCUUACAUUUAUGAUAAUAAUUCUUUCCAUCGAGGGAUUUAGUCUCCGUUAUUGUCAUGUUUCUUGAUUUUUUUCACUAUACGUGGUUCUUCUUUUUGUCUAGGUUUUAUAUAUCCUUUAAUUAAUUCUUUCUUGGCUGUUUUAUAUCUAUGUUGCUGUCAGCAUGGGAAUCUCUAUUAUUAGAAAGCUAUUAACUUUUAAAAUAUGUAUCUUUUGGUGAUUGUCUUUGUUCUAACAGUUUUAGAUGGCCUGUUUGCUUUUUCUAAAUAUAAAAUCAUAGGUAUUUCUGUUUUGUUUUUGUGUUUCAUAAAACUGUAGUAAGUUUUUUUGAUAUUUCUUCAUUACAUACGAAGUUAAUUGUUGGUUUUAAACAAAUGUUCUUUGUUAGGAUAACAGAAAUAACAUCUAUUCUUGUUUGUUGGAAGCUAAAAGCUUGAUAAAAGGAAUUGGUAUCUUUUGAUACAGUCGUAUUUUUAUCACUUAAAUUGCCUAAUAUGAUUAAAAUAAGGGUUUUUGUAAUAUUAAAACAUCCUUAAAUUCCUGAGAUAAAACUCGACCUGGUUAUACGUUCUUUUAAUGUAUUAUCUUUCCUAUUUGCUGUACAUCUAUACAUUCAUAAAUAAAAUUCAUUUAUAUUUUA